CAACACGGGGCAUUGGCAAGGCUUGCAACGUUUGCUUUCGACCGUUUGCAUUCUGGGACGACCUGCUCAUCUUACAAAAAUCUCUUGCUUUCAUUCAUUCUGCUCGUGUUCCAAACCAAUUGACCGCGAGCAUCCGGAGCGUGCCGUGUCUGUUAGGCGACGGCUACCGCAAUGGAGGAAGAAAUUCACCGUUAUGUGGAGGCAAUUCGUAUCGCGUCAGAACCCUCGCAAGGUCAUCUGCACCAGCAGGCCUUUGAGUACCUAUCUAAUCUCCGCCAAAAUGCGAAUGAAACGUGGCGACUGGCCUUGACAGCGUUCACGGACAUGACCUCGGAGGGUCGUAAAUACCCCGAAUCAGUCAGGUUCUAUUCUUUACGCUUGCUAGAUGAGUUCUUUGACAAUCGGUUUGAACCUCUUGAUGAAGACUCAUUUCGUACUCUGCAACAGUCCCUCGUAUCUUAUGUACAAACUGAAUAUGUCUAUGGCUCGGCUGAAUCUAAUGCACCAUAUCUUCGCAACAAGUUUUCGCAUACACUCACAUUAUUCUUCCUAUGCACAUAUGUCGAACAGUGGGCAACAUUCUUCACCGAUCUUUUCUCUCUCAUCCGUCUCCCGGAGUCUUCAUCCCAGCCACAAUUUAAUCGCCACGUGUCACUUCUCCUUUUCCACAUCAUAACAGAAAUAUCUGGUGAAGUCGCAGACCAAACGAUCAAGUCUGCGAGGACAUUUAACCCCGUUCGGCAUACACGAGACUCUCGCGUCAGGGAUGCAGUUCGAGAGCGAGAUGCACCGUUGAUCAAUGAAGCGGUAUUGACGAUCAUUGUCGAUAGCACGGAACGAAUGGCAGCGCUCAGAAAAACGACGACAUCUUCGCCGGAGCUUUCCGAGGCUUUAGAAAUUGUCGAUUGGGGCAUCAGGACGUUUGGAUCGUACGCAGGGUGGAUUGAUAUCAAUCUGACUGUCACCCCAGUCACUAUACCUCUCUUGUUUUCACUGCUCCCGGACCCUAAUCUUGGCAUUCGUCUUGCCACGUCAACGGCCUUGCUGCGCAUUGUAGCAAAGGGUCUCAAGGAACCGGAAGACAAGCUGCAGCUCAUCAAGGUAUUGGCCCUCGGACAAGUUAUUGACGUGCUCGAAUCAAAAACACGCGCGGAACAAAUGAAGGAGAAGAAGUCUUACCGAGAGGCACUCGGCCGCCUUGAGCUGUCAAAAUUGACUGAUGUAGAAUCUGAAAAACCUGAGGUUGCGGCCGAAGCUGCGCGUCUAUUGGAGCAGAUUUUACCCGUCAUGUUGCGAUUUAUGUCAGAUAAAUAUGAUGACACAUGCUCGACAGUGUUUCCCUUGCUGCAGGCAGUCCUCGCAAGCUACAAACGCGUCCGGAAAGUAUCCACGGAUUUACUUGAAGAAUCGAAACGAUCAUUCCUUGUGUCUCUGCUCCAAGUCAUUAUGCAGAAGAUGAAGUGGGAUGACGAGGAAGAUCCUAACGACUUGGACGACGAUGAUUAUACUGCAUUUGAAACGCUCCGCAAGGACCUCAGAUCGUCGAUGGAUGCCGUGUUCACGAUUGACCAAGACCUUGUCACCAAUGCGCUCAGAACACUGUCCGUACAGACCUUGUCCGCCUAUCGCAGUGGGAUAUCGCUGAAUUGGAAUGACGCUGAACUAGCGGUCUAUCUCGUGUACAUCUUCGGCGAGAUCGUUAAAAUCGGAGGAAAGGGCCGCGCGGCCUUUUGCGUCGCUCCCCUCGUGCCAAAAGAGAAACGCCGCGAAGUAGAUUAUUCUGAAUAUCCACUGACCCCUCAUGGGGAGAUGCUACUGGCCCUGGUGCAGAGUGGUAUAUCUGCAUUCCCUCACCGCUUAGUAGCCAUGCAAUUCUUCGAAACCGUGGCCCGUUAUGGGGAUUUCUUCAAGAUCCGCAAAGAGUGCAUUAUGCCGACACUUGAGGCCAUUGUUGAUGCUCGAGGGCUUCAUAAUCCAGACAACACGGUUCGAUCACGAACAUAUUAUCUUUUCCAUCGGUUCAUCAAAGAAGGCAGAAACGACAUUUCCGAUGAACUUGCGGUCAACCUCGUGCAAGGCAUCAGGGAUUUGCUGACCAUCCAAGUAGACUUACCGACUCUUGAUAGUCCGGACGAUGAUCUCUUAUCGGAGACGAUAAAGAACCCUGGCUUGUUCGACUCACAGCUCUAUUUGUUUGAGACUUUGGGCACGCUUAUAUCUUUGGUGUCGAAAUCUCCUGAUCAGCAAGCUAGCAUGUUACUCUCCAUUGUGACACCGCUGCUAGACGAGCUUUCCUCGAAUUUACCAGCAGCACGAGGGGGGAAGGAUGCCAUUCCAAUCCUUCGCAUCCACCAUAGUAUCAUGGCACUCGGCAAUGUUGCGAAAGGAUUUCCAGAUUAUCCUUCUCCAGUGCCAGAGGGAUAUUCUCUUCCAUCAUUAGACGUGUUUCGGCAGGUUGCGCAGGCUAUUUUGGCAUGUCUGGAGGCUAUGAACAUUUUCAAAGACGUUCGUGACGCAACACGACAUGCGUUUGCGCGAAUCAUUGCCACGACAGGCUCCAGUGUCACUCACUUAAUCCCACCUUUGAUGGCCAACCUUCUUGCACAGUUCGAACCCUCCGAACUCGUUGACUUCAUGAACUUCAUUGGGUUAUUGAUACACAAGCUUCAGGGCGACCUUUUCAAUGUUCUGGAUGAGCUCAUUGGACCUCUAAGCGCUCACAUCACCCAGCUUCUCGUUCAACCUGUUACAGGCACUGACGACAGUGUUGCACAUGCAGAAACUAAGCGUGCCUAUCUGACGUUGUUGACCAACAUCAUGUCAUCCGAUCUUCAUGACAUUUUUAUCUCUGAUCGCAACAAAGCCACUUUCGAACCCCUGUUAAUCAGCAUGAGUCGCUUGGCAGAGGAUAUCUUGGACUCGACCAGCCAGAAAUCAGCUUUUGCAUUCUUUGGCCGCUGUGUUCAGGUCUGGUGCCGACCAGCUACAGCAGGUGGCGGUCAAGCACCCCAGGGUGUACCAGGCUUUGAGCGAUUCGUCUAUGAGCGUCUCGUUCCCACAGCCUUCGUGGUGCUUUCAUCACCCCAGUUUAAUAUCAAGGAUGGGCAAAUGAUGGUUGUUCUACUGGAAAUUGGCAAUUUCCUUCAGAUGGUCUGCAAAACUAGAGGGCAAGAAGCACAGGAAUUCUUUUUGUCCGCGUUCCUUCCUUCACAAGGUUGGCCAUCAGAUACCGCCAUGGAGUUCACGGGUAAACUUCGAGACCUUGAUAAUAAGGCUUUUCGGAAGUACUUUGCUGAUUUCGUUCGUUCAUCUCGAUCGCAGGCAUCCUCAUAGCAUUUCCGGGCAGUUUUUCUUUCUUGUCCAAUUGUUACAAUAAUUACAUCCGCAUUUAUCACAAGAAUAAAAACCGUACAUGCAGUUCUGAAUUCAUGGAUACUACGGGAAAGUUGGUUGUGUGAUGUUUGGCAACAGCUUCU